CUCACAGUAACCCUGCUGGAUGUUCUCUUUUUGUCUUGGCAGUUCUUUGUUUUCUGCCAUGGGUUUCUCCAGCUCUCCCAGCUCCUGGUCUCUGGUUAUCUGAAGAGCUCCAUCUCCACCAUCGAGAGACGAUACGGCCUCUCCAGCCAGACCUCAGGGCUGCUCGCUUCCUUCAAUGAGGUUGGGAACACGUUGCUGAUCGUCUUCAUAAGUUACUUCGGGAGCCGGGUGCACAGACCUCGCUUCAUCGGCUGCGGUGCCAUCCUUGUCUCCUUGGCCGGGUUCCUCAUGUCUCUACCCCACUUCAUAACUGGACCCUACAAGUAUGACCAGUCCAUUGCCAGCAUGUUCAGCAACAUGACCGACCUCUGCCAGCCCAGGGUCCAGGGGUCCCAAGAGAACAUCAGUGAUGCCGGCUGCACCCCCCAUGCUGCCAGGGAGAACCACGAGGUUCUCCUCGUCAUGUUCAUCGCCCAGGCGCUGCUGGGCAUCGGUGGUGUCCCCAUCCAGCCCUUUGGAAUCUCCUACAUUGACGACUUUGCCAGUGAGAGGAACUCCCCCCUCUAUUUGGGCAUCUUGUUCUCGGUGACUGUCAUCGGGCCGGGGGUGGCCUUCAUGCUGGGCUCUGCCAUGCUGCGCUUCUACGUGGACAUUGACAAAGUCACUGGAGGUGAAGUCCAGCUCACAAACAAGGACCCGCGGUGGGUCGGAGCCUGGUGGUUGGGUUUCCUGGUCGCAGCCAGUCUCGUGGCCUUGUCUUCGGUGCCUUAUUUCUUCUUCCCACGGGAAAUGCCAAAAGAGGUGGCGAGUGGGAAGGAGAGUGACAGCAAGAAGAGCGAGGACGUGCUCAGCCAGCUCAGGUCGGGGUCUGAACACGUGCAGAACCUCUCUCUAACAGAGUUCGUCAAACAUUUCCCCCUGGUGCUGUUGAGGAAUGUGCGUCAUCCCGUCUACCUGCUGGUGGUGCUGGCUCAGGUCAACCUCUCUGCCAUGGUUGCUGGAUUAGCCACAUUCAUGGGGAAGUUCCUGGAGAGGCAGUUCUCCCUCACAGCGUCCUUAGCCAACAUGAUCAUCGGUGCUGUGAACAUCCCUGGGGCCAUGGUCGGCAUCGUGGUCGGUGGUGCCAUCCUGAAGCGGUUCCAGAUGUCCUUGAGGCAAUGCAGCGCCAUGUGCGUCCUGGGCAUGUUCCUCUGCCUGCUCCUGGCUUUCCCCCUCCUCUUCCUCGGCUGCCCCACGCAGAAGGUCGCAGGUGUUACCUACAGUGAGAGCUCUGUAUUUGGACACCAUGCCUUGGAGUGCAACCUCCAGUGCAACUGCCCUGAGAAAGCCUAUAACCCCAUCUGCGGCUCCAAUGCUGUUGAAUACAUCUCACCCUGUUCUGCUGGCUGCAGGGGUGUGAAUAUCGGUGCAGACAACAACUCAGUCCUGAACUACACCAACUGCAGCUGCAUCUCUGACAACGGGCUCAUGGGCUUUGCCGGCACCGGCUGCUCCCACCUCUUCCUGCCCUUUGUGAUCCUGUCCUGCCUGGCAGGGAUCCUUGCCAGCACGUCCCACACGCCGUCCUUCAUGCUUAUCCUCAGGAGCAUCCAGCCUGAAGACAAAUCCUUUGCUGUCGGGGUACAGUUCAUGCUGCUGAGAGUUUUAGCCUGGAUGCCAGGACCUGUUCUGUACGGCAGUGCCAUCGACACGACCUGCAUCCUCUGGGAGAAAAAGUGUGACAGGAAAGCAGCCUGCAGAUACUAUGACAAUAACCUCUUCAGGCAAAGGUAUCUUGGUCUCCAGUUUUUCUUUGAGGUUGGUGCCUUCCUGUGCUUUGUGACGGUGUAUGUGAUCCUGAGACGGCAGGAGAGGGAAGCCAGCAGUGCGGCACGGACAAAGGCGGACCCAGAGAAGGAGAAACUGGCAGGAAACUCCCUAAAGAACCCAGAAUCCAAAGUGUGA